AUGAAGUUCUCUCAAAAGGAGAAAGACGAGUUGUUUGCAAUCACAGCAGGAAUAAUGCAUAUGGGUGAGCUGACGUUCAAACAGAGGCCACGAGAAGAACAAGCCGAACUGGACAAUGGAAAAGAGGGAGAGCUGGCGUGCAAAUUGUAUCAAGUCGAUUAUGAGAAGUUCAUCAACUCUAUGCUUAAGCCAAGAGUGAAGGUUGGCACGGAAUGGGUGAACAAGGGUCAGAAUCUUGAGCAAGUGAACUGGGCAGUCGGAGCACUCGCAAAAGCGCUAUUUGCUAGAAUGUUCGCUUGGCUCAUCAAGAGAUGUAACAAGACGUUGGACGCCCAAGAUCUGCCACGUGAAUACUUCAUUGGAGUGCUUGAUAUUGCUGGUUUUGAAAUUUUUGACCACAACUCAUUCGAACAGCUAUGGAUCAACUUUGUCAACGAGAAACUGCAACAAUUCUUCAAUCAUCACAUGUUCGUUCUGGAACAGGAAGAGUACUCUCGUGAAGGCAUCCAGUGGCAGUUCAUCGAUUUUGGUCUCGAUCUGCAAGCAUGUAUCGAGCUCAUCGAAAAG